UGCCGUUGACGGAAGUGAACCGAUGACAAACUGAAACUAGAGCCGACAACACGAAGAGGAAAUAACUGUCAAAUGGAAGACCGGCGAUAAGUCCUUUUUAGUUUAUAGUUUCUUUUUGUUUCUAUCGGUUAUUUGCUGGGAAACGUUCACCUUUAACGCGUCUUUGUUUUGGUAAACACUAUGUUACCUAACUAGCUAAAGUAUCGAUGAUAGUAAGUGCGGAGAGCGAGCGCCUCUUAUCUCACACUAACGAUACUAGCAUGGUGGGUUCAUGUUUUUAGAUGUAAGUUACUGCGAUAAUUAGGAUUUAAUUUACAGUUAAAUACACUCUACAGCUGCGGCAGUUUCUGCCUAGAAACAUGGACUCUGACACUGAAGUUGAAAGCAUCUUAAGGCAGGAGAAUGAAGAGGAAGAUGAGGAGGAGGAGGAAGAGGAGAAGAUGAAGUGGAAGAGGCCAUCCUCCAGCUAUGGUUCAAUGAAGAGUGACGUGAUGGAGGAGGAGGAGGAGGGAAAUGAAGAAGAGGAUGCCAAUGCUUUCCCUCCCUCGUUUCCUGUGGUACUACGUGAACCGACUACUCAUGAUGGGACAGGGUUGCAGAUGAUUCGCCCAGACUCUCCAGAGACCCUCUACACCAUGACCACGCAGCAGACUAGACAACCGGGAGCUCUUGUCAUUGACACCAGGUCUUCUGAUCUGGGGGAUUUUUCAGAACACGCUGAGGAGGAUGCAGAUGAACUUCUGGUGGCUGAUUCCCCAGAACCCCCUGAGCCUGUUGAACCAGAUGACGACGGGCAGAGUGAUGAGUACAGCCAGCCAGGCAGACUCCACCCAGAGCAGGACCUGCCCCACAUAUUCAAGAGUAUCCAGAGUGCUGUGACAGGCCUCACCAAGGAAGAGCUAUUAAAAUUUAAGAUGUGGUAUUACCAGUGGGAACCAGCGAUAACCUUGCAGCAGGUGAUGGAGGGAGACCUUCUCGAUUUUGUGGACAGGACCCUGGAAAUACUUGGCCCGGAUCGUUCCCUGAUGCACACAAUAAGUACCCUAGAAAAUGUCAACAAGAAACCAGAGGCAGACCAACUAGGGAAUCAGUGCAAGAGAGCGUUGACCCGUUUUCACCUGAAGCAGUAUUUGAUCAGACAACACCAAAUCAUCCGUGAGGGGGUCGUUAGAGCCGGAAAGCAGAAUCUUCUAGACAACGUCUACGUUGAGCCCCAGAUUUCCACCUGUGGUUACGGAGGAGUUGACCCCUCCCAUGAGUUCCGACUCUACCCUCCGUCGCCUCUCCGGGUCCCCAGCGCCGACACCUUCGUUGGCGUGAACAACCUGUUCCGACGAUCGAAGGAUGAUGGCAAGCCGGUGAGGACGGUGGUGACCACUGGGCUUCCAGGGAUUGGCAUGUCUGUCUCGGUGGGGAAAUUCUCCCUGGAUUGGGCAGAGCUGCGCGCCAAUAAGGAUCUGCAGUUUGUCAUCAAACUUUCAUUCCGAACCUUCUGGCUCCUGCGACACAAAGAACUUCCUUUUUCAGAUAAGAUGUCCAUCAUGGAAGUGAUAGAAUAUUAUCAUCCCGAGUGCAAAGGCAUGAAAUACCUGGAGGAAGAGGACUGUAAAUUUCUCAUCAUAAUGGACUCAUUUGACUGUUACCAAGUGUCUCUGGACUGGAAGAAUGCUCCAGUAAUAAAUGACAACUACACCAAAGCCCAUCCUGACGUCCUGAUUGUAAAUAUCAUCCGAGGUACUGUGCUUCGCGGUGCCCGCGUCUGGAUCCUGGGGAGACAGGCGGCUGUCUCACAAAUACCAUCUCACUUCAUAGACGUUGUCACAGAAAUACAGGGCUUUAGUGAUGAGAUGAAAGACCAAUACCUGACCAUGCGCUUUUGCGAUGCAGAGCUAGCAACGAAUAUUGUGACACAGUUUAAGCGCCUACCAUCACUCGUUAGGCUCGCUCGACAACCCUUCGUUUGCUGGAUGGUGGCCACGGUGUUCGAGCGCUGCUACCGUUAUCUGGGCUACGGGGUGCACCCCCCCAGGCUGACGCCAUUCUACAUCAACAUUAUGGUUGUCCAGACCAACCGCAGGCUGCAGUUCUACUAUGGAAAGUCAGAAAAUGAACUGAAAUGGUCCAAUGACGACAAGCACCUGCUCACAAAGAUGGGGAAGAUGGCCUUUAAGAUGCUGGAGAAGAAUACCAGUGUGUUCUUUGAAGAGGACGUGAAGGAGAACAGUCUGAAGGUGACGGAGGUGACGGUGUGGUCCGGCCUGUGCACUGAGCUCCCCGCUGCAGCCUCAGAUGGGAGGAGGACGUUCUGCUUUAUACACUUCAGCUUUCAGGAGUUCAUGGCCGCUCUGUACGUCUUCACGGUGUUUCGCACAGAGUCCAAGAACGUUCUGGACUCCGCGUUGUUGCACAAGCCCAAGCUCUUCGCAUCCAAGGAUCACACCAAAUCAGCAGCAGGCCUGGUCCAGUGUGCCGUGACGCGAACCCUCGACUCCCCGCUGGGUCACUACGACAUGUUCCUGCGCUUUCUGUGUGGCAUGCUUUCCCCGGACUGCCACAACACUCUGCUGGGUGGGUGUCUCUACCGCCACAACGCGCCAAAGGUGGGUGGGCUGGAGGAGGUGCAGCGGCUGCUGGAGCACACGAUACAGACUGCCGAAGAAAACAAUAGAGACCGGGUGGAAAACUUAAAGGAGUGCCUUAGAGAAAUGAUCCAGGAAGAUGAGUGAGUGCAUCAUGAAAAUCAGUGUCAGAUAAAAGAGAAGUAGAGCCUGCUCUGUUAUAUUUUGUCAUAGAAUUCAUGAGUGAUCAAAGGUACAAUGCUCAAAACACUCAGUAGAACUCAAAGUGACUUGUUCAAGUGUCAUUUUAGCUUUGAUAACAUUCAAUUUCAUACAAUAGGCGUUGGUUUGAUUAGCAAAUCAGAGAGUGUGUGUCAGUAAUGUUCCUGCUGAAGCAGACAAAGUAAAAUGUUGUUUUAUACUUUAUAGUACAGUGGAGUGUAUGCAAUACUACAUUAUGUCUGUCAUGUUUAACACUGAGUAAUACAUUCUUACAAUGGA